AUAAAAAAAAUGUUUAUACAUUCACCAUUAGAGCAAUUUGAGAUAAAAAUAUUAUUAAUAAUAAAUGAUAUAUUAGCAUUAAGUAUAACGAAUUAUGUAGUAUAUUUAGGGAUAGUAAGUUUUAUAAUAUAUAAUAUGAUAACAUUAUUAAAUAAAACAAAUUUAGAAUGAAAUAGAUGAGGAUUAGCAAUAUUAGCUAUAUAUGAUACAAUAUUAAAUAUGGUAAAAAGUCAAAUAGGUAAUAAAGGAGGAUAUUAUUUCCCUUUAAUAUUUACAUUAUUUACAUUUAUAUUAAUAGCAAACUUAGUAUCAAUGAUACCUUAUUCAUUUGCUAUAUCAGCACAAUUAGUACCAGUAGUAUCAUUAAGUUUAAGUUUAUGAUUAGGAGUAACAAUAUUAGGUUUAGCAAAACAUAAAUUAGUAUAUUUUUCAUUAUUUGUACCAAAUGGAACACCAUUACCAUUAGUACCAGUAUUAGUAUUAAUAGAAACUUUAUCUAAUAGUUCAAGAGCUAUAUCAUUAGGUUUACGUUUAUCAGCUAAUGUAUUAUCAGGUCAUUUAUUAAUGUUAAUAUUAGGUUCAUUAAUAUUUAAUUUAAUAAACUCAUCUAUAUUUGGUAUAUUCUUUGGAAUAAUACCUAUGUUAGGUGUAGUAGCUAUAGUUAUAUUAGAAUUCGCUAUAUCUAUGAUACAAGCUUAUGUUUUCUGUAUAUUAUUCUCAGGAUACAUAAAAGAUAGUAUAUACUUACAUUAA